UACUGUCAAUUUACUGUGAUAUAUAUUGUUUCUAAAAAACCUUAUAAACUUUUGUUUAAGUGAUUUCUAGACUAAAAAUACUACAUGAAUAUAAUAUUGAAUUAUAUAAUGUUAAAUUUUGUGUUUCCAGUUCCCAAUUAUUAACAUGAACGGGUCUCUUGAUUUAGCUUCUGCGUUAGAGGAGAUAUCGGAUCGCGAAGAUGGCGAAAUCUUUGAUUCGGACGAUGGAACAAUUAACUUGGAGAAUGUGUCGUCCCUGGAAGAUGAAAUCGCGGUCACUAGAGAAAUACACUACCAGGCGAAGAGGAAGAAGUCUUACGAGCAUAAAAGUAAAGAACAGGUGCUGGAUCACAAGGAAAAUAACUUGAAUCAAUUAUAUGAGGAUAUUUCGGAUUCGGAUUCCUACAGAGAAUAUAAACCAAAAAGAAGGAAAAGGAGUCAAACAAAGUCUCGAACAGAUUAUUAUAAACAUGUUUAUAGACAUAAUCGUGAAGAAUUUCCAAAGUAUUCUUAUAGAAAUGGCUACAAUAGAAAAAAAGAUUAUUCUUCAACAUCAGAUCGAGAAGUAAAGGAUACAGAGUCUGUUAAAUAUAAACUAAAGAGUGUAGCAAGUAAGAAAAAAUCUAAUAUCAAAAAUUCUGAGAAGUAUUUGAAGAGCAAAAAUUCAAUUUUGAGUUCUGAUUCUGAUACAUCUGAUGAAUUAAAAAGGAAGAAAAAGAAAUUGAAGGAUGCUUUGACUAUUGAUAGCACCAAUAAGUCUGAUUUAAAACAGCGUUUGAUGCAAAUGAUGGGCAAAGAUGAUCAACAAAAUGUUGAAAAGAAGCCAAAAACUGAUGCUAUUGUUGAAUUAUCUUCAGACGAGGAUACUGAUUUAUUAAGAUUACGUCUGUUAGCUUUGAAAUCUAAAAAUGUGGAAAACACUGAUGCAAAUAUUUGUAAUAAGAAAACAGCUGGUGAUAAUAGCAUAGUGAUAGAAACACCUUUAGUUGAUAAUGUACAAUCAAUUGAAAUGAAAUCUGAUGAGUCUUCAGGUAACAAUAAUAUUGAAAAUGAAUCUGAGGAGGUCUUACAAUUACGCAUUCAAGCAUUAAAAUCUGCAAUGAUUCGAAAGCAUUUAGCAAGGAAAAAUAAGACAGUGGAAGAACAAGCUGAUGAUCCAUCCGCACAAAAUGUUGAUGAUUAUUUAGUUCCUUAUUCUCCAACACAGCCAGUGUAUGAUUUGUCUCAAAAUGACAGCUUUAACAGCAUUUACACAGUAAGUUCUGAAGAUGUAUAUAUACCAAAUCCAGAAGUGAACAACAAUCCCACCAUUCCUGAGGACAAUGUAGUUGUAUCAAAUGAAGCUUCUUUAACUAAACCUUUGGUUUUAGAAAAAGAGGAGGCAAAUGAAUCAGAAAAGAAGUUAAUAUCACGCAAACGAGUUAGAACGAAAAGCAUAGGAGUUAAUAAAAAUAAUGAAGUAAUCCCUGCAAAGAUAACAGCUGUUGCAAAGCCAAAUGUAGUUAAAAGUGCCAAUAAUAAAGCUUUGAUUAAACCACUUGUUACAAAAAUACCUGCGGUUGAUUCAACAAAGAGUGCUUUAAACAAUAAAGCAAAUAAAAUGUCUAAACAUGAAAGCUUGGAAGAAGAUGAAGAUAUUUUAAGGGCAAUGCUUUUGACAACGUUGAGCAAUAAAGUUGCUGAUGGUACUAAUUUAAAUAAAGAAAAUAUGUUGGAAGUAAGUAAAAAUUCUGAUGCUGUUAAGCAAAGCAACAAUAAUGUAAAAAUUAUUAAGAAAACUGUUACAAGUACUAAGAUUAUUAAUAAACCAGUGACUCGAAGAAAAAUUAACAAACUGCAAGAUUCUAAAGAUGCUAAUAUUGUAAUAAAACCUAAAAUUCCUGAGAUCAAGGUUCCAAAGUUAAUCAUCAAUUUAGGAUCAGAUUCUGAUACAGAUGAUGAGUUAUUUAAAACCCCCAAAAAGAAUCAAAACAACGAGAAAGAGAACCAAAAGGUAUCUACUCAAGAUUUUGAAAAAAGCUUGGAUAUCUUUUUGAAAACGGCUCGUAGUAAAAUAGAAAGUACAGCAGAUAAUGAGUCUACCAUCAUUGAAAAAGGAAAGGUAAGCCUUCAGCCAGGAGACACAAGUAAUUUACAAAGACCAGUAAAAAAUUUGACAAGUGCAACUGGGUCAGAGCAGUUGAAAGCAAAAGUUAAUACAGAGAAAGUUAUUAAAAGUUUAAAAAGAAACAGUGUAUUAAAAUCUGGUUUAAGAGCUACAAGUAGUUCGAUAAGCAAAUUAACAACUUCUCCAACUAAAGUUGCAGUUACUCCUAAGAUUAUAAAACAUAUGUCUGCUGCUCAACAGCGAGAGUACCGUCAGUUAGUUCAAAGAAUUCUCUUACUGGAAAAAAAAAAGAAAUUGAAAACAAAUACAAAUGUUUCUGCUGAUAUUAAAGCUUUACCAAAAUCUGCCAAGACCUUGGUUCAAAAUCAAGCAAAAGCUAAGAUGAAAUUAUCAGACAAUAUUGACACCGCAAAAAAAGUUAAUGACAUUAACAAAAUGGAAUUGGUUGCUGCUUCUAAUAUUCUGCAAAAUGCCAACAGCACCAAAGUUCUUGGUGACAGUACAAAAAAUAAUACAACCAUUGAUCUUACAGUUGAAUCAAAGACUUUGCAAAAUGUAAAAGCUAUUGCAAAUUUUGCAAAAGCUGUAGAAACUAAUACAAAAACUGCUAAAGACAUUAAGAAAAUGGAAUUGAAUGCUGCUUCAAACAUUCUGCACAAUGCCAACAGUACCAAAGUUCUUGGUGACAGUACGAAAAAUAAUGCAACCAGUGAUCUUACAGUUGAAUCAAAGAUUUUGCAAAAUGUAAAACCUAUUCCAAAGUCUGCAAAAGCUUUGGAAAAUAAUACAAAAGAAAAUUUGGUACUUUUGGACUAUAAUAUAAAUACCAAUUCUAAUAAUACUGUUGCAAGUAGCAUUAGUACAACUUUGAAAUCAGCACCAAAUUGUGAGCAGGUACAAACCGACAAUUCAAAAUCACAGUCCAGUGUAAAAUCUUAUUUAGAAACCUCAAACACUAAUGCUGACACAUCAAAAAAGGAUACGAAAAUACUAAAGCCUGAUGCAAAUGUUUCUGAAAUCAAACUGAAUCCUGAUGUAAAGAAUAUUGUUUUAGACACGGAUCCACAAAAAAGAAAAACAUUUAAUCUGGUUCAACAAAUAGUUGCACCUACAGCAUUCAUUGAUUGUAUAAAUUUGAUGCGCAAAAAAUUUAAUUUAACAUCAAAUACAGCAGUGUCUAUAAAGGACGAAGUGGUGAACAAGAGUUCUGAAAGUGAUGAAAAUUUUAUAAGUGAUGGCAAAAUUCAGGAUAAAUUGAAUAUAGGCAAUAUUGAUGUUAAAAAUGAUGGUAAAGCCAGUGUAGUGAAUGCAGUUGAAAACUUCAAUGGUUCUAAAAUUACGCAGCUUUUAAACAACGAUCAUGUUGUAGACAGUAAAGAUCAAGUAAACAGCAUUAGUUCUGUAGAUAAUUUAAAUGUUUGUGAACAAAUGGAUGUCGUUGACAACAAAAUAGGGGAUAUAUCUAUUGUGGUGACAAGUGCUGGCAAUACAACAAAUGUAAAUGUUGCAAAUGACAUGGGAGGCGCAACAAAUGCAUCAACAAUCCAAAAUAUUAUUGAUAACAAAAUUACUGCUCUCGCAAACGAAUCAAUGUUCAUUGAUAAUACAAUCCAGAGUGAUACUUGUGACAAAAUGGAUGUUUUUGAGAACAUAUUGCCUGAUAAUAAAAUGGAAGUAAUCGAAAACAAAGUUGAAGCUCGUGUGCCACUGGCACAAAAUAUUAAAAGUUUACCAAGUACAGUGAAUACUAUUCCUAAAGUGAAAGUAAAUAUAAAAACUAAUGAUGUGAACAUGGAUCCGCAGAAGAAAGUCUUGAAGUACAAGGAGUUACAUGAUAAGGAAAAACGCUUGAUAAAAAAACGUAUGGAGUUCAUAACUGACAUCGAUUCUCUUGUGAAACUCGUUGCAAAAGCUCAAACUGAAAUAGACAAAGAGACAGCAAUAAAAAAGGAAAUAUCAGAUCUACAAGAACAGAUUCGAAAAGCCGAGGAAAAACUAGGAAAGCAGAAGUUAGUAACAGACAAGCUAUUGGAAAACGUAUCUGCAGGAAAGAGAAAACUGACUUCAGGGAAGAAACAGUGUAUUGCUUUGAAUCAUUCUUGCAUGGCGCUGGGCAGUCAGCUUUCUUCAUCAUACAGGUCGCCCAUGGACGGAGGAGAAUUAAUGAAAGAACGUGUUCAUCAAUUUUCAUUAAAAGCUUCCAACUUUUUCAAAAUAGUCAAACUCAGACAAAAUGAGAAUGAAGUAACUCAAAGUGUGGUCGAUAUUAAAAAAUCUGAUAAUGUUGAUACUACAAAUCAAUCUGAUUUAUUGAAGAAAACUGGUGGUAGCAAAUGUGAUCCUAUAGUUUCCAAAUCAGAAGACGAAACUACAAGUUCGUUACAAAUAAUCGCUUCAAAUUAUUCUAGUCCUCUGUCCUCAGAACAUGAAGCUGCAUCUCCAAAAAUAGAACCUGUAGAUAUUCCAGAUUUGCGACUUAAGUUAUCUAAAAAAGCUUUUAGCAAUAGUAGAUUCAAAAAUGUUAUUGUACAAUUUGAUAAUAGGAAAGCCGGGGAAGAUGUUAGAAAGAAAAAUUGAAGUUGUGAGGAGACAUUCCUUUGGUAGUGAAGAAAAUUCUAAUGAUGCAAAGAAAAUGGUUGAUAAACUAAAUUGGCUAAUGCAAGUAGUAAAGGAUACUAAUAAACUUGAGAAUGAUGGAAAGAACACUAAAGAUUUAACAAUCAGGAGGAAUAUUAGCGGUCAAACCAAAAAUAAUGAGGCGUUGCAAUUACGCAAUCAAGUAUUAAAAUCAGCACCAAGUACGAAACAUUUAGCAAAGAAAAAUAAGACAGCAGAACAAGCUGAUAAUCCAUUUGCACAAAAUGUUGACUAUUCAGUACCUUAUUCUCCAACACAGCCAGUGCAUGAUCUGUCACAAAAUGACAGCUGUAAUAGCAUUCACACAGUAAGUUCUGAAGAAGUGUAUGUACCAAAUACAAAAGUCAACAUCAAUCCAAGCAUUUCCUGAUGAAGAACUUGGAGUUGUCCCGCAUGAAGCUCCUUUACCUGGUCCUUGGGUUCCGGUGGAAGAAAAAGCAAAGGAAUCAGAGAAAAAGUUAAUACCACGCAAACGAGUUCGCACAAAAAGUAUAGGAAAUAAUAAAACUAAUAAAGUCACCCCUACAAAGAUAACAGCUGUCACAAAGCCGAAUUUGGCUAAAACUGUAAAACAUAAAAUUGUUAUUAAACCAAUUGUUACCAAAAUUCCUACGGUCGAUUCAACAAAUAGUGAUUUAAACAACAUUGAGAAUAAAACCUCUGUAUAUGAAAGCUUGGAAAGAAGAGCUUUUGUCAAAGUCGAGCAAUAAAGUUGCCGAUAGUACUAAUUUAAAUAAAGAAAAUGCAUUGCAAAUAAAUGAAAAAUAUGAUAUAAAUAUACAAAGCAAUAAUGAUGUGGUUAAAAAUAGAACUAUUGUUGAAUCUGCACAAAAUAACACUGCCUGUGAUUCUAAGAAAAUUAGUGAGAUUUCUCUAAGAACUUCAAAUAACAAUAAUAAACCAAAUUUAGAUGCAGUUAUAACAAAUAAAAUUAUGAAUGAUAGUAAUCUGCAACUUUUUAAAUUGGAGCAACAGGAUAUAAAAUGUUCAGAAACACCCAACAGUAAAAAUGAUAACCAAGUAUUUAAAUUAUACAAUGAUCAGGAAAAAGAUAAACGGGAAACAUCUGAAGAGAACAAAGUAAACCCACAAACAUCAACAGUUACCACUAAUAUUGAUAAUUCUGACAGGAUUAACGUACAAACAAGUAAUUUAAAUGAAAAAAAAUUAGUAUAAGUGAUCAAUCUUUAGAAACCAAG